GAGAGGAAAACCAUAAGAAAAAGGAAGUAGCAGAAAUCACUUCUAGUUGAAGCCUCCUGCCUGCAUCUAUGAAUUGACAGAAGGAUGAACUCAGAGCUAUGAAGUCUUAAACGCUUCCUGAUGGGGAACCCUCCACUUGGGCCGGCAUCCCAAGGGGACCGAGCCUCGGCUCCAGCUAACAGGAUGAUGGACAACGAAGUCUUUGCGAACUUCCUUCUCUACAGCACCAUGCUAGUCAUAAAGAUGUACUUGUUGGCAGUUAUCACCGGGCAAGUGAGACUUCGGAAGAAAGCUUUUGCCAAUCCAGAAGAUGCCUUGAAGCAUGGAGGCCUUCAGUACUGCCGGAUGGACCCAGAUGUGGAGCGGUGUCGCAGAGCCCAUUGGAAUGACCUGGAGAACAUCUUACCAUUUCUGUUCUUGGGAUCCAUCUAUUCCUUCCUGGACCCAGAUCCCUUCAUAGCUUGGCUUCACUUUUUCAUCUUCUUUGUGGGGAGGAUAACUCACACCAUUGCCUACCUGGUGAAACUGAGAGCUCCCAUCCGCUCAGUGGCCUAUACCAUAGCUCAGUUCCCUUGUGUUUCCAUGGCUCUGCAGAUCCUUUGGGAGGUCAUAGAUACCUGGUAACUAGCAGUCAGCUAUGGUGCUGUCUCCCCAAGGAGGGAAGGCAAUGAAUGAAAAUUUUCCAGGGUUCUAUCUCAUCCCCAUAUCCAUCUCCCUCUUUUCAUUUUGCUUCCCUGCAUGACUGAACCAAGUGCUUGUUUGGCUGGACAGUUAAAGAGUAUAAGUGUGUGUGCAUACUUAUAUGUCUUUAUAUCAUUUUGUAUAUGGACUGAUGCAGGUUUUCUUUAAUUCCACGGAGUCUAGUAAAGUUACUGGUCACAGCCAUAGCAUAUGGAGGAGACUGGUCAGAUCCCAAAUCCUCCUGAGUUUGCUCCAAAAGCACAAUUGUAAACUUGUUAGUCCACUGUGCACCUCUUUCUUGCUUUCAUUCUUUCUUGUACUCUCUCUUUGUCCCUUUCUGUCUCUGUCUCUUUUUCUCUCUCUCUAUUGGCUUUGAGUCCAUUUGAGUUUUAAGACCCUGGAAAAGGAAAUGUCUUUUUUGUUACAUAUUUUCAUAGCUGAAGUUCAAUGAGACUAGGACCAUAGAAACAAUCCAUUUGGUGUGCCCUCACUCAGGCUUACAGUAUUUGGUAGACUCGACAUCUUCUAUUGCACUGACCUUUUUUCCACAAGAGAUCAAUCACUUCAGAGUAGGAAAGGAGUUUCCCUCUCUAGUUAGUAAUGAAACAGGACCACUAAUUAGUUAGGUGUAGGUUUAGAGAUCAAUAAUGGAAGCCACCCUCUCUGAAAGGGACAAGGGGCAUAGCUAUAACCAACAAGUAUAUAUUGGAGAAAAACUAUCAAAGAAGGGAAAUAAAAGCUGGCUCCUUGCUCUGGCAUUGUUUUUGUGGUUUAGAGACCCAAGACUGGAGACCUGCUGGAAGUUCAUUCACAAGAAGCAUUCUUUUUUUUUCUUGUUCUGU